UAAGACUUUAUAAAAAUAUUCUCUUUUUUUGUAGAUUUAAAUCACAUAUAAUUGAAAUGUCUUCCAGCUCAGAUGGUGAAGAGAUUGAAAGAAAGAUAUCUAAUGUUAGUAUUGAUGACCAAAGAACUUUCAGUAAAAAAUCCUCAUUUUCUUCUAUAAUCUCUGACAAUUUUUUAAAAUCAAAUAAAUCUACUGAUCUUUCAGAUUCAUAUUCUUCAGAUCGUUCAUAUCAAGAAUCUCUAGCUGAAAGAUCUCAAGAUGUAAGUGGCAGACAAUCCUCUUAUAUAAGCAGCCUUUCAAGAGAAAAAACACAAAAUAACAGCUUUUUUGAAAAUUCAUCAAGAGGAAACAGUGCAAAAAAUAAAAGUGAAAAAAAAAUUAGCAGGGGGAGCACAAACAUUUCUGUAAAUAGUAACUUAAGUAGUGUAAAAAACUCAUUGAGAGAAAAAACUGAAAGUUUUGUAUCAAAUCCAUCUUUUGAUGACAAAUACUCUAUAGAUGAUUUUGAAAAAGAAGACAGCUUGCUGGCUGAGCGAGGUGGAAAAUUUGAAUUUAUUGAAACUGAAAGUAUAAAACUUACUACUUGUCAAAGCAACAGUUUUAAUAAACUAAAUUUAGAUAGCAAGAGGACAGGAAAAAAAUGUGAUUAUCAACAUAUUCAAUCAAAAUAUGCAAUGCCUGAGUUACAACGAGAAAUGAAGAAAAAAAGAGUGAGUAUUAUUCAAAUGAGAAAACAAGAAGAAAAAAUCAGGAUGCAGUUAGAGCAAAAAGAGAGGCAAGAAACAGCAGAAAGAUCAUUCCAGAAAUGGCUUGAUGAAAAAAAUGAAUUUAAGAAAAAAUGUGAUGAAAAAAAAUCUGAUACAAAACAACUCAAGAAGCCAUCUUUCGAUAAAGAAAGAAGUGAAUUAGCUCAACAAGCAUUUAAUGAAUGGCUGCAGUUAAAACGAGCUAAUCAAAAAAGAGAAAUGGAAAUGGAAAAGUUACGAUUAGCUGACGAAGCUCAAUACUGCAUAACAAGAGAUAAAAUGAUGUGCAACAAAGCUUUCAAGGAAUGGUUGCAAAAGAAAUGUGCAAGUAAUGAAAAGAAACGGUUAAAUGAAAGGUCAUCUAAACAAAUAACAUCCAAGUUUCCUGUUUCAAUGUAUUAAGUGCAGUUUUUUGUUUAAAUAACAAACUAUUCCUGCUAUUACUUUUACUUACAAAAUAUAAUUUAAGGAUUGCUUAACAUUAAAUAUAUUAAAUUUGUUAAAUUCAUUUAAAAAAGCGUUAUACAUACAGACAUUUUUGCAUUCGCUGAAAUUUUUAACAUUUUAAUCUCGUUAUUCAACAAAAGGCGUCCGAAAAAAAAGGCUUUUGUAACUAUAACAACGAUAAAGAAAAGUUCGUUGGAAACUUUAUUACGAAUUGCAUUAUUUUUUUAAACAGAAUAUUUUUAUUGUAUAUAUUUGGAUGUAAUAUAUUAUAUGUUAUCAGUA